ACUUAUGCAUGACAUUGAACUACUAUUUCUCCUACGACUACUAGUAGCCUACUAAUAAAUACUAAUAAUAAUAAAAAUGUCUUUUUUACUUCUUAUAUAAUAAUAGCUAGCCAAUUCCUCUCAAAAUAUCUGUACCUAUCCUAGCUUGUACCCUAAGUUACGCAGUGCAGUUAGUGUUUAGGGAGAAGGGAGGAGGGUGCUAUUUGGGAUACAGCCCACGGUUCAUGGUGGGUGGCAGGAAGAGAUUUCCAGGUGGUGUCACGUUCACCUUCGGUUGUUUUGGCCAUGAAUUGAAGACCAACAGCAGCUAUUUAUUUAUUACAUAUAUAAUAUAUUAUUUUUUUUCUUCCAUCGAUGACGACUAAGAAGGAAUCCAGGAGGAACCGGGGGAAUGCUGCUGCGGCUCGCGGACUUCCCCUCGUCCCGCUCCGUGGUGCUGGAUCAGCGCGAGAGCUGUACUCUAUCCUGCGGACUUUGGUGCUGUGAGAGUCGGCGUGCCUCCUCAGGAAAGUGGCUGGAUAAUGAUUGCGGCCUGGGUGUCCGAGUCGUGGUGGAGGAAAACCCUGUAUGUGAGCGGAGGAGCCUUGCUCGCUGCUGCUGCUUAUCUCGUCUACGAACUGCUAUCUAUCAAGAAGGAGCAGGAACUCGACUCUACCGACGCCAUCAUCCUCCAUCAGUUCUCCCGACCUGUUCUCUCUCCGAGUCUUUAUCCGUUCUGCCUGAAGAUAGAGACCUACCUGAGAAUGGUGGACCUUCCCUAUCAGACUUACUCCGACGGCCGUCUCUCUGCUCAGGGCACGAUGCCGUGGAUCGAGUACAACCACGAGCGCGUGUCUGGGAUGGAGUUUAUCAUCGAGUUUCUGGAAAAGAAGCUGGGCGCGAGUCUCGAUAAGGGUCUGAGUGCGGAGGAUAAGGCCAUCACUCGCACCAUCACUAAAAUGGUGGAGGAACAUUUACACUGGACGUUAGCAUACUGUCAGUGGGUGGAGAACGUGGAGGAGACUCGCCACAUGCUGGGUGUGUGUGAGCUGCUGCAGUGGAGUGUGUGUGAGCUGAAUGGAAGUCUGGUGAAGAAGGAGAUGUACUGCCACGGCAUUGGCCGCUUCAACACACACCUCAUCCACACACUGCUAGAGAGAGACCUGCGCACUCUCUCCACACUGCUGGGAGAUAAGAAGUACAUCAUGGGCUCUAAAGUGUCCAGUGUGGACGCUGCAGUGUUUGGACAUCUUGCUCAGGCCAUGUGGACACUACCGGGAUCCAGACCAGCUCAACUCAUUAAAGGUGAGCUGCCGAACCUGGCACGGUACUGUGAGCAGAUCCGGCGCGAGUUCUGGCCCGAGUGGGUGCUAGGUUAUGAGGAUUUGUGUUCAGAGACGUGCGCGGACGCUCAUACACAGCACGGCCUGUUCUCCUGCGCUGACACGCUGGACGAGGUGGACACACACACUCUUUCACUCAAACGAUCACCGGACACAGACCGCUCCGGACGAUCACUCUACGACUCCGACAUCGAGUUGGACCAAUCGGACGCUGAGCUAAAGGACAAAGCUUGAACAAAGCUUUUUAUUAAAGCAUCAGGGUUGAAAUUCUUCUGUAAAGGCCGAGUAAAUAACCAAAAACAAAAGGUGAACUUAUAAAUCACUAUAAUGGCAACCUGUCACUCAAACACAGUGGUGUGUGUGUGUGUGUGUGUGUGUGUGUGUGUGUUUGAGAGACACAGGAUUUCCUGAAUAAAAUCCAUUCACUCAGAGUGUGAACUGAGAUGCUGUACAUAUUGGACAUCAGUUACUUGUUGAAGAAAUGUGUGUGUGUGUGUGUGUGUGUGUGGUUAAGCAUGUAAUUAAUUAAUCAAUUAAUUUGUUUGUUUGUUUGUUACUAAGUUGUGCAUAUGUUUCCCAGGUCUCAAAUCACAGAUCUUUUCUGCCAAUGACAAAAAUAUUUGAUCCCGAAUAUUUGAUUAAAUUUAAUUAUAAAUAUGUAUGUAUGAAUUUAUGUAUUUUUUAAAAAUGUAUUUAUUCAUUUAUUUAUUGGUUGAUUGAUUCUACAAAUGUGUCCUUUCUGUCAUCGCCCUAUAACUGUAAUAGACAGACGGAAAUGUUUUGAGGCGCAGUUCCUUAAACUUUAACCACAAUUCUAACACACACACAAACACACAGAGAGAGAGAAUUACGUGUUUGAUUGUACAGCGUUGCAGUUCCUUUUCCUAACCACAAGAUGGCGCACAUUCUCUUCGCGUUCUGCUUUUAAAAACAGGCUUUAAUGUGGAACAGUAUAAAACAUACUUUGUCAAUUCAUAUAAAAAAAAAUUCCUCACACACUGUAGUCGAAUGUAAAUGUGUGCACUCCAUUUUACACUUUAAAACAGCUGAAGUUCAGUUAGGAGGCUCAAUUAGACUCGGUUAGAUUUUUUUUUGUUUGUUUCUUUGUUUGUUUGCUAGCUUGCUAGUAAUCAACUCACAGGUUAGCAAGCAAACUCACGAUAUACAAAAGUUGUACCUCGAACUACAAACCUCAAAAUUAUUCUCAAACCUGAAUCUGAAAAGAUAAACUUUCUAAUAUUUCAAGUACCAUAUGAGGCUUUUUGCUACAAUCUUGUGCCAUUAUAGAUACAAGGACCCUAGACACCACAUUAGCUGUUCUUGCUAACUACUUUCAUCCAUCAAGACCUGUGUGAGUGGCUUGAGCAGCAGCACUAUAAUCAUCUUACCUCCAUGUUUAUUUAUAUAUCAUAUAUCUAUGCAUUUAUUGA